UGCGAAUUCUACUUGCCUUCUACAGGAAAUGAAACUAAUUGAUAUUUAAUUUCCAUUUUAAUUUUAGGCAGCUCUUGCUCUAUUUUCAGUAUGCCUAAGCUGCGAUUUAAGGAUGAUGAUAAAAAGAAGAAAAAAGACAAGCAUCGCCAUAGCCACCAUAAAAGACACAAAGAAAAACCUUACAAACCACCCACACUGUAUGAAGAAGAAAGUGGCUGGGUGCCGCCCUCAACCUCAACCAAAUACGAUCCAGAUCAAGCAUGGCGAGAACGUUUGUUUGAAGCCAUGAUCGAUGAUGAAGGACAAGAUCCGUUUUACUCACAGUAUACAGAAUCGUAUCACCAACCAACAAUGGACGAUGAAGAAUAUCGCCAGUACAUUGUGGAUGGCAUGUACAGACGAAAACAUGCAGACGAGAUUGCUGAGAAGGAACGACGAAAAGCUGAAAAAGAGAGAAGAAAGCAGGAAAAAGAGCGUGCAAGAAAGGAGCAAGAGAGACUGGAGAGAGUGUAUCAGCAGCUGGAAACACAGAGAAAGCAAGAGUCUAGUAAGGCAUCCUUUAUUGAGAAAUGGAACAAGCUCGAGUCACUGCAGACAAUACACAAAAAGGAUGUCCCUUGGCCAAUGAUUGGAAGAGAAUUCACAUUAGAAGCAGUGCGUCAAUUUGUGAUUGAUCCUACACUCUCAGAAGCAGAAAACAAAAAGAAUGUACGUAAAGAGCAAGCCAGAUAUCAUCCAGACAAGUUCGUUACGCGUUAUAUGAAGCGUUUCGAAGGAUCUGAUAAAGAGAAAGAACGCGUCAUGACUCAUAUAAACGAAAUCUCUGGAUUUUUGAAUGAACUAUGGUCUCAAAUGAACACUACGUGAUUUUAUUCAACAAGUCUCCAGAUACGAACAAGGCCAUCGUCACCCACUGUAGACAACCAAUCACCAUGCUUUUCAUUAGGGAACCAUGCAACACCAUUGAUAUCAUACACACCAUGAGCAUCGGUUGUUGAUGUCACAUUCUUAUAGAUGGGUGAAUCUUCAUCCUGUGUAGCUUCUAUAUCCUGAAUGCAAUAGAUUUAAUAAAGACACACACACACACAUAUAUAUAUAUAUAUAUAUACCUUUUCAAAAAUACGAAUGCUG